AUGAACCCGAACCCCUCCAAUAGUCAAGAUCUCAAGUGCAGCUUUAUCUGGAUUCUUGACCAGAAAAGAAAAUUGGACAGGAUCACACACUCCACUUCUGACGGACCAGCCCUGGGAAAGCACAAGGCUUUCCGUCAUCGUGUCCUCUACUCCAAGGCUCUUUAUGAUAAACCAACGUGGUGGAGUUUUUCGUCUGAUGAGACGAUGGGAAACGAGGCACAAUGGCUUGAGGUGGGCUAUGCCCUGGGUCAACUCAAUACCGUUGUUGAAGCAGAGUCCGAGAUCGUCGGAAGAGAGAAUGUUAUCCUCGUGGGAAUUGAGGAAGGCUGUGCCGUCGGUCUGAUGUAUCUGAUGGAGGCAUGUGAACCUCUGGGUGCCUUUUGCGGAUGCAGACUACGCAUACCCUUACGAAGCGACAUCUCGUUCAUCGGAGAAUUUGGUAGAUGUCCACAAGAUGCUAUCCAAUCCUGCCAGAUGUAG